AUGCCUGCCUCAAUCGCCAGCGACGAUGAUGCAGAGAUCGAGACCAGCUUCGUCGACAUUGACCAGCUGCAAGACCACGGCGUCUCCCAAGCGGACAUACUCAAGCUCAAAGGCAACAGCCUCCACACCGUGGGCUCUGUGAAGAAUGCCACCGUGAAAUCGCUGCUCAAGAUAAGGGGGUUUAGCGAAGUGAAGGUAGAGAAGAUCAAGGAGGCAGUCAAGAAGUGCCUCCCCAACAAAGGUUCCUGGAGGACGGCUACCGAGGUGCUCCAGAUGCGCAAGCACUGCUUUCGUCUCUCCACCGGCAGCAAGUCUUGGGACGCCAUCCUGAACGGCGGCUUCCAGUCGAUGAGCAUUAGUGAGGUAUAUGGCGAAUACCGCUGCGGGAAGACCCAGCUCGCCCACACCUUGUGCGUUGUUGCCCAGCUGCCCAAGGAAGACGGUGGCGGUGGCGGGAAAGUUGCUUACCUUGACGCCGAAGGCACCUUCCGCCCGGAGAGGAUUCAGCAAAUCGCCGAGAGGUUCGGUCUGGACCCAGAGAAGGCUGUCGACAACAUCACCACAGUCCGGGCUGGCAACAGUGAGCUCCAAGACGAACACAUCGGCGAGCUCAACGAAAACUUCGCAACAGGAGACUACCGCCUUCUCAUCGUCGACAGCAUCUGCGCUCUCUUCCGUUCCGACUACAACGGACGUGCAGAAUUGGCCGAACGCCAGAACAAGCUGGGCUCUCAUCUCCGGAAGCUCUGCCAGCUGGCUGAAGAGUUCAACGUCGUCGUGUUUAUGACGAACCAAGUCCAGUCCGAUCCCGGAGCAAGCGCCCUGUUCGCCGGUGCAGACGGAAGAAAGGCCAUCGGUGGGCACGUCCUUGCUCACGCCUCGACCACCCGAAUUCUCUUGAGGAAAGGCCGUGGUGAGGAGCGCGUGGCCAAGAUCAUGGACUCGCCAGACUGCCCUGAGAAGGAGGCCUCCUACAUCAUCACCACUGGUGGCAUCAACGACCCCGACAAGGCUUGA